UUCUGACUUUAACUGGUUGUGUAGCAAUGCAAAGUGACCAAAAUAACAUCAAAUUGUUUAGUUUGCUCGCAUGCACGCUUGCUCACUCUCUCAUCCGCCCUCCCUCUUUUUUACAUUUCAAAUGUGUAUAUAAACGGUUGAGUUCAUUUCUGGAGUGAAGCAAACUGGGCAAAACGAUCGGAUUAGAUAUCCACUGAACUGACACUGAUGUAAUUAAAACAACCUACAAUAUUAGAAAAAACCUUUGGAUUUUGAAUCACUCUAUUGUAAGAGGCGCACAUAAAGGUGAUGAACUCCACGAUGCUUCAGUAUAAUGCACAGGACAGAUUUAAGGAUGCUUUGGUUAGAAAUGUAAUCGUUGUUGUCUUUGGAAUCACAAUUAACUCCAUCAUUGGUUUGUUUGUGUUUACAUUUUUUAGGAGUUCAGUUUUCUACAAUGAUCCAAGAUAUAUUCUAUAUAUUCACUUGGUUAUCAAUGAUAUGCUCAUGGUUUUUCUAAGUGUUUCUCUUUCUGUGAUGGCUUAUGCAUGGCAAAAUGUACCUUUCUCAUUUUGUGUGAUACUACUACUGAUAGUCGCAAAAACUCAGACGAACACUCUUCUGACAUUGGGUGGUAUGUCCAUUGAGCGUUACAUUGCCAUCUGCAAACCACUGCAUCACCAUCAGAUUUGCACAGUGCGCAGGACGUACAUCCUCAUCUCUCUGAUAUGGAGUGUUGGAGUUUUACCUGGAUUGGCUGACUUUAUUCUCCUUUUACUUAUAGAUCCUUCUAUCAUUGCUAAAGCGACUGUCUGUACCCCAGCAAAAUUAUAUAACACACCAUACCAUGAAGAACUUAAAAAAUAUAUGUCAAGCAUUUAUGCAUCUGCUGUUUUGCUAAUACUCAUAUACACAUACUGCCGAGUGUUGAUCACAGCCAGAAAGGCCUCCACUGAUAAAUCCUCAGCAAAAAAAGCUCAAAGCACCAUCCUGCUACACGGAGCACAGCUUUUGCUCUGUAUGCUGUCCUACAUUACUGGUUCCAUUGAAGCAAUGUAUAUUCAAUUGUCACCAGCUGAUUGGUCAAAACUGCUCUUUUGUAAUUACCUUCUGACAAAUUUACUACCGCGGCUGCUCACCCCAAUGAUUUACGGUGUUCGAGAUAAAGUGUUUUAUAGUCACAUGAAAGGCAUUGUUGCAUGUAAAUUAGUUAUUGUAAAGGUUGAAUCAACUAAAGGAUAAGCUAAGGAAAGAAAAGACUCCUACUCAAGCUGUUUACAAUUUCAUUAACUCUCUGUUGAGAAACAAUGCUAUGUUGUAUUUUAUGCAUUUUACCUUUUUAAGAAACCAUUCAUAAUUUAUGAAACUUCAAAUUUUAUUUGACAUCAUAUUUCCUUUUAACAACUAUUUUGUCAUAUUUAAAGAAAUGUUUCCUAGUGUAAAUUCCCAAUGUAAGCAUAAUGUAAGUUAGAUGAGUGAUCUGGAACAUAUGAUGCAAAUGUCAAAUCUUUAGUAAAAAUUUCAAAACUUAUAAUAAUAAAAACAUCAUAAUUUCUGUAUCUCAUCUAGAAAAGCAUGGGACUUUCACUAUUUCCAUUUUGCUGGAAAGGUCUUUAAUAAUAAAUGUCAAUCUCAAAUGCA